UCCCAACUAUGCUUACGUGUCACCCUCCUGCCGCUCCAACCAUAUCUAUAAAUUCUUUUAUUUAAUUAAUAUCGGGAGCAAAGAAAAUUAGAAAAUGACCCCACAAUAAAGGAGGCUACUUUAAAAUUAAUAGUUUUCACUUUUCAGCAAUGAAAAUCGAUGGCCAUGGAAGUGGAAAUGGAAGGGGAAGAUGGUUCCAAAUUCUCAUUACAAGUCACUGAAGCUCGAAACACAGUCAUUGGACGAGGCUGUGGCGGCGGCUUUCAUACAAAGGAUCGCACCGUUUCACGUCGCCACGUCUCCUUCCAGCUCAGCUCCGAUUCCGAUGACCCUAGGGUUUCAUUCGAGGUCAUCGGAAGGAACCCUUUUUGGGUUCACCACGGAGCUCUUGGCCUUAAGGUUUUCCGCAAGUUCGAAAAGGGUCAAUUGGAACUCGGUGACCGCUUUUCCCUCUCCGCCAUAACACCAUUCUGGCUCCAUUUCAAUUUCAACAACCCAGCUCAGAACGUUUCAAGUUCAAAGCCUCAGCUUGACAUCGACAUUGACCAAAUUGACCUUUCGCAAUUCGAUCCCGUUAAAGAGAUUUUGAAGACUUCAUUUUGGGUUUUGGGAAAUGCAGAGUUUGGUUUCCUUGCGAUUGGGCACGAGUUUGAUGACUAUCCAAAGGGGAAGAUCCGCAAUGUUAAGGAUUGGGAGUGGUUUCUUGAGGAAGCUAGAAAUGACAGUGAUGAUGAUGACGAUGAGGAGGGGAAGCAGAGGAAGAGGAUGAAGAGAAAGCGGAAGAAAAAGAAGGGUCCGGAGGAGAAUGAAGAUGAUGAAGAAUGGGGUGGUGAAAGUGAUGAUGAGGGUAAGGACCUUGUUUCUAACAUGAGCAAAGGUAAGAAGAGGGCAUGCUACUCCACAAGAUCUAAAGACAGGAAAAGUGGCUCUACAAGCUCUAAGAGAAAGAGAGAUACUAAGAUCAAUCAAACUUUUGAAGAUGAUGAAGAUGAUGAGACUCUAGGAGGCUUCAUUGUUGAUGAUGAAGAGAAUGAUCAGCAGGAGGAGUUAGAUGAUGAUGAUGAUGAAGAAGAAGAAGAGUUCGAAGAAGAGGAGGAGGAGGAAGAUUAAAGUUUUGAAUUAAAUCAAUGUUGGUAUAUGUGGGAAUGUUGUUCAGUUAGGAAACACUUGAUAAUAUUGAGUUCUGUUUUGGUCAAUGGCUUAGGAAUGAAUCUAGAUUCUAGAACAUGCAUUAAUUAAUUACACAAGAUAAAGAUUGGAAUAUAUAUGUAUUUCGAGCCAUUAUAAUUAUUAUGAAGUAUUUAAGCACAUUUAUAAAAGGAUAAACUUAUUAAUACUUGAAAAUAUAAAAUAAAUAAUUAGCAACGACGACGUUUAUGUGAGUGAGAGUAGCAUGAGCAGAAAUAGAAGGAGGCAUGAACGCUAAUUUAGCUGCAGAAUCAGAGUUGCAUGAGCGUUUCAUCGGCGUUUUAGGGUUCUCACUUCUCACUCACAACUAACUAUUCUCCAUUGAUUCCAAGUUGCAUGCUUUUUAGUGUUAAAAGGUGCACAACACAAUUAAUUGAACGCAUGGAAGCUGCCACCUACGAGUCUACGACUACGAAUACAAUGGCGAGCAAGAAUUCAACCCAAUUGCCAAUCACCAACAUUACGUAGGGCCCUCCUUCAGGGAAGCUAUUCGUUGGAGGCAUCUCUUGGGAGACUUCUGAAGAAUCAUUUUGUAAGUACUUCAACAAUUACGGGGAAGUGAUAGAUUCAGUGAUAAUGAUGAAUAAACAGUCCGGAAGGCCUCGGGGCUUUGGCUUUGUAAAAUUUGCUGAUUCAGCUGUUGCAGAUGAAGUUUUGUCACAGGAGCAUACCAUAGACGGCAGAGUGGUUGAAGUGAAGAGGACUGUCCCUAGGGAGGACACGGAAGUUACCGGAGUAUUCAGAACAAAGAAGAUCUUUGUUGGCGGAUUACCCCAAUCUUUGUUGGCAGAACUUGAUUGCACGUAAUUCGCUACAGGGUAUCGCGGAUUACGUUGAGGGCGGGGUUACUCAUAAACCGCUACACCCUGUAGUGGUUUAUGACCAAAUAGCUUUUAUGCAUAAUCCGCUACAGGGUGUAGCAGAUUAUGAGUAUAGUGAUUUGUCUAUAUAUACCGCGUGAGGCUGUAGCGAAAAUCAUUUGAGUUAUUUUGGAAAGAAAGUAGAGAGAAAGGAGAGAAAAUUUAAAAUAUUUGAGUAGUUUGGAAGAAUGGAGGAUGAACGGCGGUUGUACUGGCUCGACGGCGUUGCUCACGUAGUCAACCAUCGAUGCAGAGCCAACCCGAUGUGUGUAUAGCGUCCGUAGGUAACAGAAUAUGCCGUUACAUGAUAGGAUCAUACUUUACUUAGAGAGGGCUGGGUUGUACCACCUGGCUAGGCUGAACGCGCAUUGGUUCUAGUUGGAUGAACCUCUGGUCAGCGCAUUUAUUGAGAGGUGGCGGCUUGAGAUCCACACUUUUCAUAUGCUAUUCGGAGAGUGUACUAUCACGCUCCAGGACGUGGCAUACCAGCUCGGGCUGCCCGUGGAUGGCCAGGCUGUUUCCGGGUGCAUGACAGACUUCCACAUGCACAUCGAGGGGGCCAGACCGGUAUGGGAGUGGUUCGAGAAGUU